AUGACAGACCUUCAGAGAUUGUCAGACGUGCAGGUGCUGCUGCUCGCUGCACAAUUCAUCAGCGAUGUCAAUGUAGACAGCCUACGGCUUCUCGCCGCCGAACGGGCGGAUGUCCUCUCAGAGCGCAUCAUCUAUCGCCUGUUGCUCACACUGUAUCCUACCGACGAGACUGCUCGAUCAGCACUUCUGACAUUACUGCGAUCGACUCGUUUCAACUUCGAGGAUGUUAGUAGCCUGGACGGACCCAUCGAUGCGGCCGCUAUAGCAGAUCUGUCCAGCGGAGUCGCGGAGGCAGAAGCGCAGCAUCUGCAUCUCAAUACACUCGAGGCACUACCCGCAUACCCAUCAGCCAGCCUCUUUGCCAGAUUCUUAGUAUCCUGGGCCCAUCAGCUUGAGGCCGCUGGUAGUUCUCUCGAAGUCGUUGGAGAACUGGUACAAGCCUUCAGUUAUGAAGACGAAGACCUUGCGCAUUGGCUCAGACAUAUCUACUACCUCUCUUACGACUGCAGCAUGACUAUCAGCACAACGGGAGCUAUCGCCAGGGACAUCGAGCAUGUAAUAACGCCUUGGGUGCUGGGAGGGACAGACGCGAACAGUGCUGCUUCAUGGUCUGAUGUGUACUCCUGGAUCCUCUCGACCAGUCUGAAGGACUUCGAUGCGGCAGCCGAUGCGUUUCUCACAUGGAAUGGGCCGCCGAAUGACUCACGGCUGAGCGACUUAGCGCAACUAGGAUUCGCCAUCAUUUAUUCUGAUGACGCAGCCGAGCAGCAGCAGUCCAAAACUCUGCACGAAAUUUGGGCACGAUCAACCUCGCUUGCUGGCUUCACACCGAUUGACUUGAGCAAUGACGAGCUCAGUGUCAAUAAUGUUUCUGACCUGGCCAGUGGCACAGAGAUGAGCCUGGCGAAAACUGCUCUGCUGUCCAAAUCCAAUCAGCUGACUACGGUGUCGGAAGCGACAUCCCAGCUGCUUGCAGGACUUCUGAGGACGAAAGAGAUAUUGUCGCUAUACAAAGUUGGCCGCAGCAUUCCAAGUGUGGCCAAACUUUGUUUGGGUCAGUCUGCAGAGCGACAGCAGCAUGAGCUCGGAACGAUCCUGCAGCAGAUACCUCGCCUUACCACGACAGAUCCGGACUGGCAACUUCUUCGGCGGCACCUGUUCUGGCUGCAUUCAUGGCAACCACUUACGCGAGCUCGAACCGAACCGACAGCAACCAUCGCCUAUCUUGGACAGCUUGAUCCUUCGGAGAUUGAUGCCCAGCUCCUAGACGCAAUCUUAGCCAACGGCCAGUAUCAGGCGGCAAAGCACCUCUACGUCGAGUCUCAGAACACGUUCCUUUCACGUGCAGACAUCGAGGAUCAUAUCAUCCGGUCGAUCUACACCACUUACGACAAUGCUUCGAAUGGCAAUCGAAACCGAGGUGGCAUCAAGAAGGCGUCGGACGCUUUGACCGUGUUCAAGCCAUCAUACCCGGACUCUGUGGAGCUACAAGCAAUCGAGCAUCUCCUCAAAGCAACCCAUCGGCUUUCAUUCUAUCAGCUGGUGUUGCAGCACGGCGUUCCAUUCCGACCGGUGAACCUCAGAGCGCAGAAGGACCCCCUGAGCCUGGUAGAGAAAGUGCUUGAACAAGACCCGGUAGCUUAUUCGAAACUGGAUGAUCUGGUUGAAGUUGGCCGCGAGCUCGUACUCUCCAGGCCACCGAAGGCUGGAGAUGUCUACGGAAAGUCCAUGGAUUCGAGACUCUUGGAAGCGGAGCAGCGCGUGACUUUCUUGGCAAUAUCGUCGGCUUUGGCGAACCAUGAUUUCAAUACAGCGUACUCCUAUAUCACUACUCGCCUACUCACGAGACAGUCAACACAGCAGCCAGCAGAAGAUGAUGUGUCUUGGCGAGCUGCGUACGCUGCUGGUCGCUACCGCCCUCCGUCAUCGCCCUCUGCUCUACACGAUCAGAUAUCUGGUCUCUCUAAGCGAAUGGAGCUGCUCUCCUUGGCAUUGACCCUGGCGCCUUCUGCUCAGUCGUUGGCCGAGAUACUGGGCACAUGGCGACGAUGUGAAGAGGAGAUGGAAGGUCUGAAGAGCACGGCACUACGGGAGGAAAGAGCUUUCGAGACCGGUCGCGCGGAAGAGCUACCUGGAGGUUUUGGUUUUGAUGAUAGGGAGUGGGAUGCAGCUGAAACAAAACAGGCUCAGUCACGGAGGACCGGAACUGCUACAUACGAGGAGGAGGCUCCGGUCAGUCUGUUCGAAAUGGCCAGAGGUGCUGCUGGAUCCCUGCGUAAGAGUGCAUUUCCACUGAGUGCUGGACUGGAAGAUCGCAAACAUCGAUCAAUGCCAUCGCAGGACUCGGACGAACGGCCUGGAUCGGCGCAAGAUGGAGAUAGAGUCAGGAAAAGGGAUAUGGUCUCGAAUAUGGUAACGAGUGGUCUUGUCAGUGGUAUGGGUUGGGUAUUGGGUGCUCAGCCUGCAGACAGGCCAGGCCAGCAGCAGCAGUGA